AUGACUGACGUUCCUCUUCCUGAAUGCCUUCCAAAGCCAGAAGAACCGAAAGCUGCAGAACCACAACAGUCUCCUCAGCAACCUCAGUUCCAGCAAGUACCUCCGAAUUACUACCAAAUUCCACCUCAAUAG